AUUUGCCGCAGUGAUGUGCGCGCCUCGGGUGUUUGAGUGAGCCCAAGGCCAGCGCCACCGACGCCCGACACUUGCCACAAGCACCCAAAACCAUGGCCGCGCUCGCCGAGGACGACGCGACGGUCGACGACGCCGACGCGGAGCCCCCCCAGGAGUCGGCGCUCCGCCUGAGCCUCCUGGGCGACGAGGCGCACGUGGGCCUCUUCCUCCUGGCCGGCUGGGCGAAGCGCGAGGCGCGCGGCUGCAACUGGGAGCGCGUCGACGAGGGCGCGGCCGGGGACGCCGUGACCGCGGCCUUCGGGCGCCUCGUCGCGCGCGGCGGCGUCGUGCUCGUGUCCGAGCGCGUCGCGGCCGUCGCGCGCGAGGCCGUCGACGCCGAGCGGCGCCGCGGCGACGAGGAGGAACAUCGCGGCGUCGUCGUCGUCGAGAUCCCGUCGUCGGACGCGGCGCCGCGCGCGUCCUGCGCCCUCUUCGAGCCCAACGAGACGUGGUCCGGCCGCUGGGCGGCCGCGGACGCCGCGGGCGACGACGGCGGGCCGAAGCCGGUGGAGGCCCCCGCGGACGCGGCGGCGGAGGCGGCGACGCGGCGGCGCGUCGACGCGCUCGUGGCCACGCUCUUCCGCCUCGUCGCGCGCGACGGCGGCGGCGAGGCGGCGCCGGCGGGCGGCACGGCGCGCGCGUUCGAGCUCGAGGUGCUGAACGCGUGCACGACGGAGCUCGCGGAGCACCUGCAGGCGCCGAGCGGCGCGCGGCGCUUCGUCGAGGCGCUGAACCGCCAGCGGACGCGCAUGGUCGACGUCGGCGCGGCCUACCCGUUCCUCGCCGGUUUGCUGCUGACGGCGCUCGACCGGUGCAUGCGGCUGCGGGACGUCGACUCCAUCCUCGUGUCCAUGAUGCUCGCCCAGUCCUUCUACCGGUCGCGGACCGGCGGCGGCGACGCGCCCGCCGCGCGGCGCGAGUACCUCAAGUCCGCGAUCCAGACGCACCCCGUCUGGGGCGACGCGCUCUUCUGGCGCGAGGCGCUCGCGCUCUGCGUGUCCAAGCAGAACGCGCACCGGGCGGCGCCGGGCGACGACCCGGACGCCGGCGACGACCCGGGCUGCAGCCCGGGCCUCUUCGCCGCGCUCUUCUACGGCGCCGCGGACGACGGCAAGGCCGCGGCGGCGGACGCGCUCUGGUCCCAGCUCGGCGGCAUCGUCCACGCCAUGCACGAGUUCGGCGUCGCGCCCGACGCCAUCGUCGCGUUCCUCGACGCGGUCUGCGCGGAGCACGCCAUCGACGGCGAGCGCAAGCGCAUCCUCGCGGACCACGUCGAGGCCAUGAUCCGGGAGGGCGCGUCGUAACGGCGGGGCGGCAGCAAAA